GUUAAGACCGCUCACUCGCUACGCUCUUGUGCUAGCUGUCACACACUCGCAUAUUCAAAUCCUCGCUAAUUCUACAGGCAAAACUCUCGUCAUUUGCCUUCUCUGAUUUUCUUAUGAAUCCUGAGUAACGACGCUGAAGGAUGCCCGCGUCGGCCUCCCUCACGGUCUUGCUCCUGCUGGCCCUGACCGCGCGCCACGCCCACGCCCAGUGCCUCUCCGCCCACGAUGACCUGACCAGCCUCCAGACCUACCACGACAUCUCGGGCAUGGUCAGCUUCGCCUUCGACCUCUUCAGGGAGCUGCUGGACCGGACGCCGGCGGAGGGGAAUCUCUUCUUCUCCCCCUACAGCGUGUGGAAUGGGCUGGUGCUGGCCUACCUGGGCGCCGAGGGCAAGACGAGGCGGGAGAUGGAGGCGGUCAUGGGCGUGAGGGAGAAGGUGUCGACUCUCAAGACCUGGUGGCUUUUGGAAAGGACGUACCAAUCGCAGCAAAUCAAAAACAGUUUCAACACCUUUGUUUUAGCCAAUCGCGUGUUUGUCGAUGCCAGGUACCACGAUGCCACAAACAUGAUCAACAAAUACACGUUCGAGAACACACGCGGCCUCAUCUCCAACGUCGUGAACGAACGCGAAAUAUACCAGGCUAUUAUGGUCAUGGUGAAUGUGGCCGCUUUCAAGGGGCUUUGGCGACACCAGUUCCGUCUGAAUGACACUUACUAUGGGAAUUUCUACGUUACGCCUGAGAAGUACGUGGAGGUUCCGAUGAUGAAGCAAGAGGGACAGUUCAGGAAUGGGAUGUCGAGGGACUUGGGAGCUCGGGUCCUCGAACUCCCAUACGCCGAAGGUCCUUUCACCAUGUACAUCUUCCUGCCGACGGGUGACGUGAAGGACCUCCUUUCCCGCCUGAACCCGACGUCCUUCCGCUCCGCCAUCACCAACAUGUGGCACCACCAGGUCACCAUUCACCUGCCGAGGUUCACCUUGCGCUCGUCCAUCAAGGGGGACCUCAAGUUGGCCCUGUACAAGCUCGGCAUCCGGGACCUGUUCAGCGAGUCGGCCGACCUGACCAGCCUGGCGCCCCGCGGAAGCCUGGUGGUGAGCCGCACGUUCCACCAGGCGGCGCUGCAGGUCACGGAGGAAGGCACGGAGGCGGCGGCGGCGACGGUGUUCGUGUCUCUGUCGCGGACGAAGCCUCCUCCGCCGUCGACCUUCGCGUGUGAUCGUCCCUUCGUCUUCGUGAUCUAUGACAGCCAGACGGGCAAUUUCGUCUUCGUUGGGGCCUUUAGGAAUCCUGCGUACUGA